AUGCAUCCCGCUUCCUUCGCCAAGAAGCCUCCUCGCUAUCCUCGCCGUCUGCUCUGUGUAGAUCGGCCACCUCCUCUGAAGUCUUGCCUCGCCAUCCCCGAUCUGGACGAUGACUUGGAUGCUCUGCCCUCUGACGAACCCUUCGUCCGGAAGUCUGUGCACUUCCCCGACGAUGAGGACCUCGUUCAGGUUAAGACCAUUCCUGCACGCCCUCCUCGCCUGACCGAACUCGGCAAAUUCAAGGUUGCUCGACCCGGUGACGAUUCCAGAAGAAUGUGCAUCUUGUACUACUCUCCUGCCACCAUCACCAACGCACGGUUCCUCCGCCAGCGGCCUGACGACCUGGUUCGACCAAGGUUCGAAACACGCAACCCCUGGGGUAGUGUGCAACGUUCCUAUCGUUUUGCUGCUGCGUACGCCACUGAACCUCGUUCUCCUCGUUCUGGACCUGUCCCCGAUGGUCCCCAGCAUACGCCUGAACCGCCUGCGACACCUUCCGAUGGGUCUUUGCAAGAACCUGCCUCUGAUGGUUCUCUUGAUGCGCCGACCUCCGAUGGACCACUGCCCGCGACUUCCUCCGAUGGAUCUUCGCUUGAACCUGCCUUCGACGGUUCACAUGCUCCUUCCGCCGACCUGUCCUCUCUGACGCGUGCCCUGCCUAGCAACCACGCUGCCUCCGACAUGCCUUCGGCAUUGCAUGCACUGCCCGAUCCCGACGCCGGUCCCAUGUUCGACAUGUCUUCCUUGAUGCGAGCUUUGCCCGACCCCGACGAUUCCUCUAAUGCAUCACCCAUUGCGCCUGUACCUGAGCCCUUGGAUGCUUCCAUCACUCGCCGCCGUCCAGAGGUUGAGUAUAUUCGUGUGGUUCAGACCCACGUCCAGGUUGGUCCGUUAUCGACCACUUGGUUCAACCGCCUCUGCUGGCUUAUUGUGUUGGUUGCUUUCUUCCCAAGCCUCAUGCCUGCAGCUAUUGCCGUACUUGCGCUCCUGUUUCUUUAUGGGGCAUACACAUCAUCGGGUGGCAACUAA